AGGCGGCCACAGGCGACGUUUGUUGAACAGAGCAGCUCAGGGACACUCAGCAGAAAAGGCGCUUCAAAAACUGCAGAGAGAGUCGCCAUGGCAAUCAGUCGCGGCGAGUCGCCGCUGCUGUCUCAGUGGCUGCCGAGACUGCUGGUGACGUCACUGGUGCUGAACGGAGCUGUGCUGGGCCGGCCCAGCGGCCAGCCGGCCGUGUGCGGCUGGUCCUGCUGCUCCGUGCUGCCCUCAUGUGCGGACGCCAAGAGGGUGACGUGCGACUGCCCGGAACAAGAUAAGAUGACCCUCCGGAAGGGAGACAUCCCUGCCACCGCUCACUCGGUGACCAUCCGCAACAUGCAGCAGCUCAUCCUCGAGGAGGACGUGAUCGGAGACCUGCCGUCCCUGGUCAACCUCACCAUCAGUGAUGUGGACCAGCUGGAGAUCAGGCGGGACGGCAUGGCCUCCCACAACCAGACCAGGCUGCGCUCGGUGCUGUUCCAGAACGUGCAGUCUCUGCAGGCCGAGAGCCACUCCUUCUCGGACGUUUGGCAAUCGGAGACAACCAUUCGAAUGCAUCACAUCGAAAACCUUAAUGUCAUGCCUAACGCCUUCAGCUAUCAGGCUAGUAUCACUGGUCCAAGCGUGUCCCUUCAGCAUGUCCAUAGCCUUAACCUGGAGUCGAGCGGGUUUUCGGCGCCCAUGUUUAGUAUGUCACUUACUAACGUCACAAUGGACGACUGUCAGGAGCACAGCUUUGGAGGGAGCGCUUAUUACACCGAAUGGAACACUGUUAAAGUCAAAGAGAUGAGGGCCAAGUGCUUCCACGGGCAGAACCCUUUCGGGUCCUUUACUAUUAACUCCCUCAGUGUUGAGAACACACACCCGGGAUCGUUUUACGGAGACGUGCAGGAGCUAAGGGUGGAGAACAGUCAUUUUGAUACAAUUCAGAGGGAGAGCUUCAACCUGACCGUGUCCAGCAUGGAGAUCUCCAAGUCCAGCAUUGGUGAGCUGCACUCGGAGGGCCUGAAGGUGCUCGCUAGAGAGUCGUUCAAGCUGGACGUCAUCCGCGUAAACCAGCUGCGAAAGGACGCCUUCCUCGGUGUGCAGAUGGUGCGAAGCGCUGACGGCUUCUCGCCCGCGUUCAAAAUCCGCAAAAUGGAGGUAAUUGAGGCUGCGAACGGUUCGCUGACGUUCUCGCCGUGCACCGAGGUGCGUAUCUCGGAGCUGGAUGUGACCGCUCCACUGCCCCCGAUCUGCCCCACGGAGAGGUGGACGCGGGCCCUGUCUGCGGGCGGCGUGGCGGGUCAGCUCAGUCAGGCGCAGUACGAGCUGUUCUUUGUCCUGCUGGACCGGCGCUGGUGUGCCGAGGACGGCUGGACCCCGUUCCCCGACUCCGCAGACAAUCCCCAGUGCCAGCAGAAGGGCCAGGAGACCGGUGACGACGCGCCGGGUGGAGGGACGGGCGACCCAGACACUGCUCAGAACAGUCAGGGAGGCAUCGAACAGCAGGACUCGAAUAAAGGCGGUAAGGAGGACGAGGAAGACGUAAAAGCCGAUGAAGAUAGCCCCUCCAGACUGGCUGACGGUGAUGCCCCUGCAAAGGAUGAUGAUGACAACAAGAUGGCUUACUACAGCUGGGACGAUUACGUCGCGAAUGGGGAGGUCGCCUCUCAGGAAGCUGUUGUAGAUGAAACCAAUGGCCGGAAGGACAUCCGUCCACCACAGACCAGUAUUUGUCGGGGCGGGGCAUGUAGUGGCGGUACCGAGGGUGUUGAGGGUGGCAGUGGUAGUGGUGGUACCGAGGGUAUUGAGGGUGGCAGUGGUAGUGGUGGUACCGGUAAUAUCAUUGCGGAUAUUGCAGGUACUGCCACUGCCGCUGGUAACGCGGUAAUUGCACGUACUACAGGUAAUGCAGGUAACGGGGGUAUUGCGGGUACUGCAAAUAAUGCGGGUAGCAUUGGUAGUUCCAGUCACAGUAGUGGCAGCUCGGAACAGGACACCACCAAGAAGGGACACCUUGCCACAGGAAAGACAUCCCUGACCAAGGGCGGUACGGAAGGACUGGAGGAGAGGGGUCCUCCGCAGACAGACAAGCCUAUUGUUGAAAUCUUCAUGAACAGAAGAGCCGCGAGGGUGAAACUGUCAUCCGGCGAUGCGAGCGUCGUCGCUUCCUUCGCUUUCGAUCAAGAUGAAAUCCAACCUGAGGAGAUGCCUUCCUCAGGGUCUGAUGACAGCAUCAACAGCGAUUUCCUUCGCCGACUCCUCUCCCUGCCGAAGCGGGCUCUGGUCGCCCCUAAGCGCCGAGUCUCUGACUCGAAUACCCUAAAGUUCCUUAGGAAGAGCGUCAAGGGAGUCUCCUCUGCUGGGUCUCUCCCAUCCCAGACGCCGCUUCCCUCUGAUGCCUCUUCCUGGACCUCUGAUGCCUCCCGCGGAUCCCUGGAUGCCUCCAGCGGGUCCGCUGAUGCCUCCAGCGGGUCCGCUGAUGCCUCCCGCGGGUCCCUGGACGGCUGGCUCACCUCCCACCUCCACGUCCUGCCGUAUGUCCUGCUUGGUGCCAUGCUGGCGCUGAUGGCCGGGCUGAUGCUGUCGCUACUGCUACUGCUGCUACUUCGUCAGCAGCGCCAUGGAUAUGGUGACCGCCGCAUUCAUGACGUGAAAAGAGUAAAUGAGCUUCAGUGUGUGCACUUCGCGGGUGGAAAGGCAAAUGUGAAGGCGUCACUUCUGCCUCCAGCUCAUUUUGCAAGUGGUAUUCAUGCAAAAAAUGGCAUUGUGUAGCUGAAUUGGUUAUCGCUCGAACUCCCAGUGGAAUCUCAGAUACAGCCAAAGGUGCUAGAAAACUUCGGUGCAAUAUAGGGAACAUCAUUAGCAACAGCGAAUCUCAGGAACGCCAUUAUGGGUACUCAUAUUUAUAUCUAUAUUUAUCAUGCUCAGUUUGUUUUACAUGUUGUUUUAGUUCAUCCAUAUACUUAUUUUGCUAUUGUCCUCAUGUACGUAUGAGAUGUGGUAUCACACAACGUGGGUUGGGCCACAAGUGGCUACAAUAUCCACGGGGAAAAGUUACGGGGCUGGCUUGUAUCUGUCGCCCUCUUUAUUCCUCAUUUGCCACAUCACCCAUCAAGGGUUGUAAGCAUAAGGUACGGCCACCUUCCAGCUGCGUGGUAGAUAGUCAUAUCUCGACAAAACAGAAAAAAUAGCGCGAGGGCUAUGGCACCGGUCACCUGGAAAUCGGAACUCAAAGCCGCGCGAGGACACUCAAUACUUCAUGGCUCAACUCUUAGUCCGGUCUGGCAAAGAAGGGAUUCGUUUUUAUUUUUGUUUUUAUAUGAGCAAAUGCCUAAUUUGAUCAAAUUGGGCGAGGAGUUAAGCACAUGUUUCGAAAAGUGUGGAGCACCAGACGUCUUUGUGCUUUGAGUUCCAAGUGAAAGAUAACACAGCAUUUGAGCUGUUGUCUGCUUUGUCGAGUUAUAACUCCCUACCACGCAUCGAGAAGAGGGUGGUCGUGCAAUGUGCAUGGCUUCUGCAAUGCAUGUUUAUUGAGCAAUUCCUAUUGAGCGCGAUUAUACAGUCCUUCCAAAAAUCGACCUGUAGGGUGGCUUUCAGGAACUUGAAACACAAAGCCUUAGGGAUCGGGCUGAACUACUGUAUAAGAUAUUUAUGUUUUCUCCAGUGGUAUAAAUGGUUUUUCCCGACCUUUGUCCCGAACAGUUGUAUCGAAGCUAACCGAUCGUAGACACUCAACCUUUUUUAAAACGUUAUAUUGGUGGUCUGUUCAAUAUUUGGGGCCUAUUCUAUGUAAACUAACGAAGCACAGGCACUACUAUCGCUCUAAAAAGGCAAAAACACACAUUCUGGCACCAUUUUGAUGAUUCGCUGUUGCUAAUGCUGUGCUCCAUAUUGCACCGAAGUUUUCCCGGCACCUAGAAGACAGACAUUGCUCAAAUAGAACUUUCCUUACUGCUUCAGAAACUAUCCAGGAAAUAACUUACCGCUGUACGUAAACGGAAUAACGACGCGCCUAACGAGCAUAACGAUGCAAGAUGAAAUAGGCGUAACGAGCGGAUGCCUAGUUUUUCGAUCGGCACUAAUUUACCAACAAAACCAAAACAUGAGUAGUGUUGAGCGUGUUCGCGCGAUAAGACUCCCACAACUGCCCAAAUGAGCCAAUAUAGUUCGUCCAUCUUUGACGUCACUGCUAAGAGCGGUGUCUGUCUUCUGUGGUGUGCCCCCUCAGCUCAGUCAGCAAUGUGGUCAGGAUACGGUGGAGGAGCGUUGGGAAAAGGUCCGGAAAUUCCAACCGGCCAAAAACAAGUUAGGAGUCCACCUGGAAAAUCCCCAUGGAUUCCGGGACUGGCUAGGUAAUUAUCGGGAAAAUGUGAAACUCAAGGUCACUGGGCUGGCUUCGGCUUCUUGAUCGUUGGGGAACUGUUGGGAAAUCACACACACAUACCCAGUGCUACCCAGUCAUUGAGACACCUUUGGAUUCCUGGUCUUGGUGCAUUUUUUACUGGUGGGAAAGUGUUAGUAAUUUCUGCACGGAUCCCACUUGGGGAGGGAAAUCACAUAGGGCGAUGUCGGUGCGCCUCGGAUUUCCCGGCCGGCCGUUGCGGGGCAAGUCGGGACAUCCGGGGCGUUUUUAGUCCGUGGGGUCUCCGUUUCAGACUUGAUCCUGACCAAAUGCCAGUGGGGGGAAGGUCGGGGUGGUUACAGAAAUCACGUGUGGGGUUGGACUCGAUUGCUAGCUGACAGCAUUCAAUCCCCAAAGUAGUGGGAACGCACCCAACCUGGCUGGGGCGGGUUGGGAUUUCCCGAGGUAAUCCCGACCUUCCCCAACCGCAUCUGAACGCAUUGCUGGCUGGGAGAGUAUGCAUGCACCUUUGGCAAUCUGAGAAUUCUACUGGGUCUAUGAGCGAGCAUGACACUGAAAGGGAUUUAUAGGAAAAGUAUCAAAUUCAAAUAAAGCCAAGUCUACGGGCGGAAUGGAGCUAAAGGGUCAUUAACAACGACAUGAACAGACUUCAUUGAUUUUGUUACAUAGAAAAACAGCAUUAUUCAGCUACCAGCUACCACUACUGAGGAUUGUUACCUAGUCCGACGGUGUGAAUGGUAUUGGUUGACGUGUAUCUGCCACUGCGGAAUACUGUUUUAGGAGUUAUUUUUUUUUAUAAUCGCUUGCUCGCUACUCCGGAUCAUGCUCAUUUUUAGCUAUAAAUUUGUAUUGUUCAAAUGAUUCAGUAGUGCAUUGAAAUUGAGUGAACCGAGUUACAUUGUGUGUACUGUACCAACGCUGUAUUUCAUGUGGUGUAAUAAAUUAACGUGUGUGCAACUCUAUGUGGUACGACAAACAUGUAUGAUAGAAAUCACAUUGACAACAUGGAAUGCUGACGGUAUCAUUACUGGUUCGAGUAUCUAAUAAAGCUGUGGCAGGAGAUGUGUCUACCUACAACAAACUCCAAAAAAGUGUAGUGUAUUCAUUUUUAUUUUUUAAGUUUUUAGUGUCAAAAGCAUUUUGUUUGUUAUCUCCUUUUACCUACAUUCACAAUGUAGUGUGUUCAAGACCGUUUACCGACGUGUUUGUCAUGUUGACUUGGGUAUUUUUGUGUGAUUGACGUGCAUGCCAUAAAAUCCAUGUCAGUGAAGGUAUCUAAUAAACGAUCUAGCUAUC